AUGUCGCCUUUCUUGAAACAGCUGUUGGCGGUGAGCGGCGUGGUGCUCUACAUGAUCGGAACAGGCGCCAACAUAGCGUACCCUGGAGUGCUGCUGCAGCAACUUCGGCAGCGAGACGCCGCUUUCUCCCUCACACCAGAACACGAGUCCUGGAUCGCUUCGAUCCUCGGCCUGGCUCUCAUAUCGGGCAUCGUGGUGGCGCCGAUAUGCCUUCAGAAGCUGGGCCGGAAGCUGACCAACCAGCUCAGCACCCUGCCCGCUAUGGGGGGGUGGGCGCUUCUGGUCGCCGCAAGGGGUCCCGCCGCACUCCUCAUCAGCCGCUCCCUCCAGGGAUUCGGGAUGGGGCUGCAAGCGGCCGCUGCGCCGGUCAGCAUAGCGGAGUACUCAUCGCCGAAGCACCGCGGGGCGUUCCUGGCCACGAUCGCCUUCUCCUUCGCCACCGGCAUGCUGGCAGCACACGUCUUCGGCACGCUGCUGUACUGGAGGACGGCCGCCGUAGCCUGCGGCUCCGUCUACGCGGUGUCUCUCAUACUGAUCUCCGCCUCUCCAGAGACCCCGUCCUACUUAGCGUCGAUAGGCAGGAGGGAGCAGUGCCGCAAGGCGUACAGGUGGCUGAGGGGCCGCGACGAGAACUCCGAGAAGGAACUCGAGGUGCUGCUCAACAGCCAGCGGAGGAAGGUGGGGCCCAAACUGGCCCAGUUCACCUUCUACCGGCAGAUGAUCGCGAAACCGGAGUUCUACAAGCCCACGUUGAUUAUGAUGUUCAUGUUCGUGCUGUUCCAAAUGUCCGGCAUGCCGUGGUGCCGUCGUACACCGUGCCGA